AUGUUGGUGCUUCCGAAUCCAUGUCAGCUCGAUUUAAGGGCUGAGCAAUGCGCCAUGUCAUUCAAUAGCUCGCAGUUAGAUUGUGCUUCUCCCGAUUUAGUGACAGUUAUAGUUCACAGCCUUAUGUGUCAUCGGCAGAGUGGAGAAUCUGAAGAGUUUGCUAGACGCGCGAUUGAGAGUCUUGUGAAAAAAUUGAAAGAAAGGCAAGAAGACUUGGAAUCCUUGGUAACUGCCAUAACAACGAGUGGCAGUCAACCAAGUAAGUGUGUUACAAUACAAAGAACUUUGGACGGACGUAUGCAGAUUGCUGGGCGGAAACACUCCAAACAUUGUUUAUUUGGGUUUGAACUGAAACAAGAUUGCGUGUGUAUUAAUCCUUACCACUAUGAAAGAGUUGUUUCUCCUGUUGACUUGGCUGCUCUGAGCCUUAGUCCUACACCAGAAAAAGAAGACAUGUGUAGCGACACAGAAAGUGAAUCCAACUGUCCGGACUCCCUAGUUUCUGGAUUCAAGGGAGCCCAAAUAGCUGAUAUGGGAUCAUGUUUGCCAGGAGAUCCUAUUAAUGAAGGGAAAAAUUGUAAUUCCUCCGUCAUAUUAUCCACUCAUCCUCGUCUUACUGUUCGAGAUCUUCUUGGUGAACAUAUAUCUCACACAGGUUGCUCAAAAAAUCAAGAGUGUGAUUUGGAACAGACUCCUUUAUUACCCAACUCACAAAUCGAUUCGUCUCCAGCACUCUCAUCAAGCAUUUCGAUAUCAAGAGUUAACCCAGCUCCACAUUUGGAUAGAGGACAGAGCACUAUGGCCUGGUCAGGUAUCGCUAACCAAAACCAUCCAAAUACAUUUAUUCAUUCUGCUACUAACUUCUCGAAAGACAGUUCCACAGAAUCGAAAAACACGUGUGUAACAGGAUAUUCGAAAGUGAUCCCUGUGAAUUUGCCUACGAUUAGGACGAUGGAUGUUUUUAAGUGUACGAUCGAUCCGCCUAUUAUUUUUACGCCAGUUCAAACCAACAGCCUUUUGACAAGUAGUUUCGUUCCAACAGCAUAUUCCGCAAACGCAACUCCAGUUUGUCUAUCAGGCAACACUAAUGGUGCUGUAAAUAAUAGCUCUAAUAAACGUCCUGGUGGCUCUUCAGGAACUGCGGGUGGUUGUAGUACUGGAGGAUCUGGUUUUGGCAGCGGUGCACCAUGUAGUGGAGUAGGUGGUGCGGCUGGAGCUGGUGGUGGUGGGUGGGGCAAUCGCAGGGGUCCCCCUGCCCCACCAUUUACUCCUUCUGGGUCUCUACUCCAACCGUUGCCAGUCCUAACUACACAACGUCCUCCUGAAUACUGGUGCAACAUUGCUUACUUUGAACUGGACCAACAGGUUGGUGAAUUGUUUAAAGUUCCAAGCCAGUAUUCACGUGUCACAGUUGACGGUUACACGGAUCCUUCUAGUCCAAAUCGUUUUUGUCUCGGACAACUAUCAAAUGUACACCGGUCGGAGCAAUCCGAAAAGUCGAGACUUUAUAUUGGCAAAGGUGUAGAACUAGAUAACGUUGGAGAAGGUGAUGUUUGGAUUCGCUGUCUUUCAGAGUUCUCUGUAUUCGUACAAAGCUAUUAUUUGGAUAGAGAGGCUGGCCGUGCACCUGGUGACGCUGUCCAUAAAAUAUAUCCUGGCGCUUAUAUCAAGGUUUUCGAUAUAAGACAAUGUCAUGAAGAAAUGAAAUCCCUUGCUCAGUCUUCUCACGCUGCUGCUGUCCGACAAGCUGCGGCUGUUGUUGGGUCACCUACGACAAGCGAUUUAUUGUCUCAGAUACCUGGUGCCCUACCUCUAGGUACAGGAGCAUCUAUUAUGGCUACUGCUGGGGUCGGGGUGGAUGAUCUUAGACGUCUUUGUAUGCUUCGGUUGAGUUUCGUUAAAGGAUGGGGACCAGAUUAUCCUAGACGUAGCAUCAAAGAAACACCUUGUUGGAUUGAAAUACAGUUGCACAGACCUCUACAAUUGCUGGAUGAAGUUCUCCAGGCUAUGCCUCUUAAUGACUUAAAACCAACCCGACAUUUCUUUUCUUAUUUUCCACAACCAUCUGGAUGCAACUCAGUGAGACCAGCAGCAACCAAACGUGUAUAA